GCUGAGCAAUCCCAUCACGCUACCUUUCCUCCUUCAGGCGGGUUCCCGCACCACGGAGGCUGCUGCCUUCUAUCGACAUCUUACUCUUCUGACCCACUCCGGAGCCUGGCAGCUCGUCGGGAGUUCGCUCCGCCUGGAGCACAUGGAUCGAUCCGCCCCGGCCAACGAGAUGGAAAAAUUACUUCGGGCCGCGAUCAGUGAACGUGCACUCCGUACUUGCCACAUGUGCAACAUGAUGUUGCUGAAUACCUGGCUUACUUUCGCAGCUUCCGCAUUUCCGACCCUCAUCAUGGAGGCUGGCAAUGUCGCCUACACGAAACUGCACCCGGCACUGGGGUUUCCGAGGUCCGCGCAUCGAAAAGUCGCCACACUGGCGAUCCUUCUGACCUGCUGCUUCGCACGUUUCCAAUUUGUGCAAAGCACCGAGCUCAAUGAGCCGGGGUGGUGCCCUGUCAUAACAACCACGACAUGCGAAGACCGUCCCUGCAGCGUUCGAAAGAAAGAAGUAGGUAUAUUGUCUUUUCACCAAACACUUUAA